CUCCCAACUCCCACUGAAAACGUUCUUCCUCCCAUUCUCUUCUCAUCCCUGAUUACUUCGUUCAAGCCAGCAACCCAUGGCUCACUAUAUCACCACCCACGACUCCAACGGAGCCGCCAUCUUCUCCCAAGGUUCGGACGAGCAACAUACGAUACCCAUUCCAAUCGGUGAAAUCAAGAUCCUCUCCUCCAGCCACUCAUUCCCACUCGAUCUCUCCAGUGAGGCCGAUAUCGAGCAAUAUCGCGAAGACCGCACCACCACGUUCUUUCCCGGUAGCCGUCGGAUCUGCCCUGAGGGCGGGACCGCCACCUGCAUGAUCACGAUGGAGCCCGGGGCUGAGAGCCCCAUGCACCGGACUCUGACUUCGGACACGGUGGUACUGCUCGAAGGCGAGAUGGAGAUCACGUUGGACUCCGGGGAGACGCGGAUCCUGAAAGCGGGCGAUGUACUGGUGCAGAGAGCUACGAUGCACCGAUGGAGGAACGUCACUCCCAACAAUGGUCGUGCCCGAUGGGUGGCUUUUAUUCAGGCCUCGGCUGAGCCCCUGCGGAUUGGAGACCAAUCUCUCGGUAACGAAUGGGCCCAUUAAUGCCGUGUUGGGCUGACGAAUAUGGAGCGGGUUGGACCUGGGGAUUGAUCUUAGCAUUUGUGUAGAUAGGUAUGCUUGAAGAUAUACGUUAU